AUGUCCGCAAUUAACUCUUCAUCCAUUAACACUUCAUCCCCAGCUACUCGAAACCAGUCUCCUUCUACAUCAGGCAGAAAUUCAGAAGACCUUAUUACAUACUGCUGUGUCUGCUUCAUUCCUGUUUCCAAUGUCCUAGGCAACACGAGUGGAGGUGACCCACAAUUCUGGUUGACAAGCUGUGGUCAUAUCGUGUGCGGGUCACACUGUUUCCCUAACGGUGUGCCCCAGGACGCAGCAGAAAGAACUCAUGCUUGCCCCUACUGUGGUAGUGGUGGUAUAUCUCUAGCCGAUCUGGGUGCUGGUAAAGUUUCUGUGGAACUACGUGACUAUUUCCGCUCUGAAGCAGAACUUCUGGAGGAUGUUACUGGUGCUAUCAAAUUUCGAAUGAGUAAUGCGUUGCGAAUAGCAUCGCAUUACAGAGCGCUUGCCGAGAAGCUACAGGGUAAGGUUGACGACCAGAGAAGGGUGUUGCUGAAGGUGAAAGAUGAACUUGUGGAGGGGAAAGAGCUAAAGAAGCAUGUGAUGGAGGAAGAAAUAGCAAGACUUCGUGAAGAGGUUUCCCAGCUUCGCUCUCAACUGUCAUCUGCCCAGUUAUCUUCUUUGGAUUAUGAUGUCCCAGGAACAGCUCAGCAGCAGUAUCGGUCAGAAAUAAGGGCUACUCGGCAAGGCUCAGUUUCGCCCUCCACCAUAGCCCAGGAUAACCAAAAUUUUCUUAAAAGAAAAGCUGAUGAUUUAGGCAGUGACCCAGCCUUUAGGGCUAGGGAAUUCAGACACGAAAUGAAUAAGAGACAGGCGCAGGUUCAGGCCAUGCCUCCUCCACCUGUACCACAACGGGCAAUCCAGCAAUACCAAGACAACAGACAAGAAGCACAACACAUUGAGCCAAGGCAGGAGCAAAGUGAAGAACAACAAUCCGAAUAUAGUUAUCAAUUUCAACAAUUAGGAUAUUCACCUCGGGCUCAGCAGCAACGUGUGCAUGAAGAUCAGCCACUUUUCAGAAGCAAUACAUCUCCGCAACUUAAUCUACAACGUCACAACCUUUCUGAGCGAGAACGAUUUCCUAUCGAUCAUGGAAGGCAUUUCAUCGAUCUUACAGAAUCGUCCGAGCUUAUGGGACCGCAGCAAAGUGGAUUUACAAACAAACAGCAGAGUAGAGAUAAACUACGAAAUGAUUAUGCGGGUAACAUAAACACUCCAUUUCAAUCGCCUCUUAGGAUAUCAACUCCAAGACCCAUAAAUACGCUCCCUAUACGGGGCUCAGGAGAUAGGUAUUUCACAUCUCUAAUUAACCAACCACCACAAUACGCGAUAGGAUAUGGGAAUAAAAACAAUAUAUCUCCACUGUUGCAAAACAAGACGGCAGCCUUCCAUUCCCCAAGAAAUCGGGAUGAUAAUUUUCCGUCCCUGAUACGGAAAGGAGAAAGCGCCACAUACCCUUACGAAAGAGGUGGACAGUCUGCCGUUCCGGGCACCCCAAAAACAACCAACAAAGGGGGAGGCAGUGUAGUCAGUCCGUUCUUCAUUGAGCCCCGCACCUCAAAUAUUGCUGGGAAUCGUGAACCAAGUAUUGGGAGUUUGACACGACGACCCGCUAGUGUUUCAAACUUUAUUGGGCAGCAGCAGGGAAGCUUAAAUCGUUCAUAUGGCGCUGGUUUAGGAGAGACUGGUUUCUUCAGUCGACAAGAUGAUUCGUCAAGUAGGAGGGUAAAUACAGUUGGAGCCCCAAACUGGGGCACACCACGGUCCGGGGAGAAGGUGGGCUCAUUCCAAGAUGGAGGAGGAAUAAGACCAGGGACUGAACAAGGACUUGGUAGAGUUGGAGGAAAUAUUUUUAAUCCUCAACGAGGAGCUGGGAUAGCAGAUAGACCAGGUUUAAGGAGAACUGUAAGGAGAGAUUAA